AUGCGAAGCGAUUACAGUCGCGUUUCGGGUACUGUCCAUGCUGAAGAGGCUCCUUUAUCUACCGUGCCUAUGUAUGAUGUAUUCCUCGGCGGUUCAUGUGGAACCACGGUAAGCACUUAAUA